AACAAUAUAGUGGGUUUUGACACAUGUAUGAUGGGCAGAUGUGUAAAUAUACAAUAUAAAUAUAAAAUGGUAAGGCAAAGAAAAUCGGCAAGGACACAUGCCAAACACAAAAAUGUCAGUCUAAACUUUUAGGUAGAUUUUUAAGUAAAGACAACUAAACAACGAAUUUUACAUGUUUUUAAACUUCCGGUUUGACGUAAGAUCUGGCGUUGGCCAAGCGUUGUAGCCAAUGAGACGGAGCUUCUAUUUAAAAAAAAACAAAUUUUAUUUAUAGCAAGGAGCGACAUUAACAUAAACUGCCAUUUAAAGUACAAGAAAACCGAAAACAAAUCAUUGGGGGAUACAUAAUAGCAAAACACCAAGUUUUUUUAAGUAAAAUUUUUUACAACAGUCUUUGAAUAUUAUGUAAGACUUCUACAUUCAGUUUGAGCAAAAACAAGUUGAAAUUAGUUAAAAUAUAUUAGAAAAGGAAAUAGGAUAAGAGAAAGGAUGCGCAGCUGACCUGAAAGAUCGACGUCAGGGCUAAAAAGAAAAAAAACGGAAUCUUGGUUGUCACGGCAACGUUGUGUAUGAACGAGCGCGUGCCAAAUGAGCGCGGAAAUAGUUACAGGUCGGAGCACCUUUAGCUUACUUGUCUUCACUGGAAAACAAUGGAAAGUGUGAAACAGCGAGCUAUUUCAGUCAAAGAAGGCCUGAAGUACUAAAGCCGAGAGCGAUGUCAAGUCAUAACCUGCCACCAGUGCGCCAUUUGCCGCACUGGACCAGAGUAGGACGCCUGGAGAAACCUUGCUCGCUACGACGUUUACCGGCUAACCCCGAACAGCUGCUCCCGCUACCUGUUAUCAAGCCAGCGGGCAGAGCAGCGGCAGAGACGUCCUGUCAGAGCGGCAGCACGGACCUCCGGGUCGCUUCACUGCAAAGAAACGUCCAGUUCCUGCAGGAACAGCACAAUGAAACACUGAAGAAGCUCCACGCAGAGAUAGAGCACCUCAGACGGGAGAAUAAAGAGUUGAAGUAUAAGCUGAUAAUGGAGCCUCAUAACUCAAGUAGAAAAGUUGCACACAGUCGACGAGACUUUAGACCACCCACUCAGGGCAGUGAAGCCCAUACAGUACUGUAUGUGGAGGAGCCACUGCAGGACACGAGGCCCUUGCAGGACCAGGGUCUAGGCAUUGGAGCAUGCACUGAAAUUCUGGAUUCAGCCAGGCAGGACCAUGGCACGGAGGCCAAUGGGCGCCUCAUCACUUCACUGCAGCCUCUCCGAAUUCACAGCAGUUCCUCCCAUCACCCGCGGGCCCCCACACUUCAGGAGUGUGAGGUCAUCAUCCGACAGCUUUAUAAUGCUAACAGCUUACAGUCUCAGGAGAUCAUGCAUGUGAAGGCACUGCUCAAAGACAUUGUUUCAAGCAAGAAAAUCACCCCAGAAAACUACAUCAUGGCUAAGGUCUACCUUUCAGAUGGAACUCGCGGGUCUUUAGAAGAAAACAAAUUACCAAAACUUGGCCUUCAGUCAUUCCCAGAAAAACAGUAUGGACCAUCUCAGUCUGGGGUUGUCUUCCCCGCCCUCAAACAGAGCCUCGGCUCCAACGUUGCAGAAAGACAGAAGAGGUCCCGUGCUGUGCAGAGAGACCGUUUGAGAAGGGCUGUUCAGUGACAGGAACACAAAUACCAGAGCAUAUUUCCGUGGUAUGUAAUGAAAUAAAGCAUUUCUGAUGAUGAUGUUUUAUGAUGUCAUAAAGUUGAGCAGGAUAGAGUGGUCGCAGCAGGAAUCGCAAAACACUUAAUCAAUGAUGACUACCUCUCCCAAGUAAGCCUUGCCAGUGUGAAGCAGCAUGCUAUACGGCAGCACCUCCCUUAAGUGGAAUGCAACCAUCAUUAACACACCUGUGUGCUUCCUGUCACGGCAUGUCAAAAUGUCUGCUGUUCAGGAAAAAAAACAAACAAUACAGACGCAUCACGUUUAUUGACAAUUACUGCUCAUAAUGAUGUGUAAUAUGGACAGAAAACACAAAUAAUGCUCUAUAAGGCCUGGAUCUUUUAGUUUUGCACACAGCAGAAGGACUGAUUUCAACUUUUCACUGGGAAUAAUUCAUGUAUUCUGUUUGUUUUUUCAACCACUGAGUUUCAGGACAUUUGUGGCUUGUUUUCACUUCACAAAAAA